AUGGAUACUAAAGUUAGUGAUUCUAAAUCUCCAUCGAAAUCAAUUAAACCUAAUAUAUAGGAUUAUAUAUCUAUAGGUUCUUUAGGAAGAGGAGCAUACGGGGAGGUCAUUUUGGCAUAAAAAAAAACAGAUAAUUAAUAGGUAGCAAUAAAAGUGAUUGAUAAAAAAUUCUUAACAAGAGUAUUCAUAAUGCACAAUUUUUUAGGAAUAAAAAUAAUACUAAGUUUAUAUUGAAAGGGAAAUGCUUUUAUAUUUGAAACAUCCAGGGGUUGUGUAAUUGUAUUCUACUUUUUAAAAACCUGAAAAAUUAUAUUUUGUUAUGGAAUAUUUAGAAGGAGGUGAUUUUGCUGACUUUUUAAAAUUACAUAAAGGUAAAGAUUCAACUUAAUUCUUUUAAGAUUUAAGCUUUUAGACCUUAUAAUUUUAUCUAGCAUAAAUAGUUGUAAUCUUAGAGUAUAUUCAUUCUAAAGGAGUAGCUCAUAGAGAUUUGAAACCAGAAAAUUUAAUGUUAUCAAAGAAUGGUCAUUUAAAAUUGAUUGACUUUGGUACUUCUAUGGUUGUUCAUGAAAAUAAAGUACCUGUUGAAUUUUUGUAGAAAUACAAAUAAAUUAAAUCUUCUUUUUAGAUAUAAGAAGGAUCUUUCAUUAAUAGAGCUUCUUUUGUUGGAACAGCUGAAUAUGUUUCACCAGAAAUGCUAGAAGAAGAACCUUGUGAAUAUGCUGUAGAUUUAUGGGCUUUGGGGAUCAUAUGUUAUAAAAUGUUUACAGGAGUUACACCAUUUAUUGAUAGUACAUAAUACUUAGUAUUUUAAAAUGUGAAAAAUGCUUAAGUAAAAAUACCUGAAAAUGUACCUAAAGUGGCUGCUAAUUUAAUAUAAAAAAUUUUAGUUAGAAAUCCUUAAGAAAGAUUAGGAAGUUAAUCGAUGGCUGAUCUUAAAUCUCAUCCUUUCUUUAAAGGAAUUGAAUGGGAUAAAUUAUUUCAAAUGUAAGCUCCAUAACCAAAGGUUGUAUCUGUUAAAUCUGUUGAAAAAUCCAUUGAUCCAGAUUUAUAAUUGGGAGGGAAAAGAAAGUCAAAGCUCAAAUUUUAUGGAGUAGUAUAAUUUAAAAUUGGGUGGUUUAUUUAUAGACCAUUAGAUUUAGUUUUAAUUGAAGGUAAAGAAUAUAUGAAGUUGGCAUUAUUUGAUCCAGAAACUGAAAAGUGUUAAUUGAAGAUUCGUUUAGUGGAAGGAGUUUAAGUUUAUAGUCCAAGCAAAGGCUACAUGGAAAUUAAGGAUUAGAAUAAAAAAUAUUCAAUAAAAGAGGUUGAACAUCCAAUUGAUAAGUGGUUAGAAGUUAUAGAAAAGUGUAGAAAAAAUUUGAUUAAAAAAAAAUAAAAAAAACAAGAAAAAAAAUAAUGA